GUGUUCGCCGGAGACUCCGCUUCUCCAGGAACUGCUACGGGCCUGAGGACGCUUCGGGCAAGGGCCGCGCCGUGGGACCUGAGAGUGCGCGCAUCCGACUCUCUGCAGGUCGGGAGGCGGAGGCCUGGAGCUAGUGCGGGUGGGGCCGCCCCGCGAGUUUACUCGAGCAGCCGGAGCCGGAGGACGCCGCAGCGCGAGUCGGGAGCCAGGAUGGGCCGGGGGGCCUGGCCGCUGCUGCCGCUGCUACUGCUGCUUGUGCCACCGACCCGGGCUCUCGGCCCCCGUGUCAGCCUGCGGCUGGGAUCUGAAGAGCGUCCUGUCCUCAGAUUUGAAGUUCAACAUGUCUCCAACUACACAGCCCUCCUGCUGAGCAGGGAUGGUGGUACUCUAUAUGUGGGUGCCCGAGAGGCCCUCUUUGCACUCAGCAGCAACAAUAGCUUCCUGCCAAACGGAGAGUACCAGGAGUUGCAGUGGAGUGCAGAUGCAGAGAGGAAACAGCAGUGCAGCUUCAAGGGCAAGGACCCACAGCGUGACUGUCAAAACUAUGUCAAGAUCCUCCUGCCACUCAACAGCAGUCACCUGUUCACCUGCGGCACAGCAGCCUUCAGCCCCGUGUGCACCUACAUUAAUGUGGAGAAUUUCACUCUGGCAAAGGAUGAGGCAGGGAAUGUCCUCCUGGAAGAUGGCAAGGGUCGUUGUCCCUUUGAUCCCAAUUUCAAAUCCACAGCCCUAGUGGUUGAUGGCGAGCUCUACACUGGGACAGUCAGCAGCUUCCAGGGGAAUGACCCGGCCAUCUCUCGGAGCCAGAGCCUCCGGCCCACCAAGACUGAGAGCUCCCUCAACUGGCUACAAGACCCAGCCUUUGUGGCCUCAACCUACAUUCCCGAGAGCUUGGGCAGCUUGCAAGGUGACGAUGACAAGAUCUACUUCUUCUUCAGUGAGACUGGCCAGGAGUUUGAGUUCUUUGAGAGCACCAUUGUGUCCCGCAUUGCCCGCAUCUGCAAGGGCGACGAGGGUGGAGAGCGGGUACUACAGCAGCGCUGGACAUCCUUCCUCAAGGCCCAACUGCUAUGCUCCCGCCCCGAUGACGGCUUCCCGUUCAAUGUGCUGCAGGACGUCUUCACACUCAGCCCUAGCCCCCAGGACUGGCGUGACACCCUUUUCUAUGGAGUCUUCACUUCCCAGUGGCACAGGGGCACCACAGAGGGCUCUGCCAUCUGUGUCUUCACAAUGAAGGAUGUGCAGAGGGUCUUCAAUGGCCUAUACAAGGAGGUGAACCGUGAGACACAGCAAUGGUACACUGUGACCCACCCGGCACCCACACCCCGCCCUGGUGCGGUGAGUACUGGCUGCUGGGAAGAAAGAGAAGAUGGGGACAGCUUGAGGCUCUGUCUAAAAAAAAAAAAAAGUAGCAGGGUGGGGGGAAGGCAUGUGGCUGGUGGAUCCCGAGUCGCAGUCCCACCAGACCCUGAGUCCUUGUACAUUUCAGGUGAUGGCCGACUCCACAAGGCAGUGAGCCUGGGCCGCAAGGUGCACAUUAUUGAGGAGCUCCAGAUCUUCUCACCAGGAGAGCCUGUGCAGAACCUGCUCCUGGACACCCACAGGGGCCUACUGUAUGCUGCCUCAUACUCGGGUGUGGUCCAGGUGCCUGUGGCCAACUGCAGCCUGUACCAGAGCUGUGGGGAUUGCCUCCUCGCCCGUGACCCCUACUGCGCAUGGGGUGGCUCCAGGUGCAGGCAUGUCAGCCUCUACCAGCCUGAGCUGGCCUCUAGGCCAUGGAUCCAGGACAUCGAGGGAGCCAGUGCCAAGGGCCUCUGCAAUACCUCUCUGGUCAGGCCUCGGUCUUUUGUACCAACAGGCGAGAAGCCUUGUGAGCAAGUCCAGUUCCAGCCCAGCACAGUGAACACCUUGGCCUGCCCUCUCCUCUCCAACCUGGCAACGAGGCUCUGGCUCCACAACGGGGCCCCUGUCAAUGCCUCAGCAUCCUGCCGUGUGUUGCCCACGGGGGACCUGUUGCUGGUGGGCAGCCAGCAGGUGCUGGGGGAAUUUCAGUGCUGGUCGCUAGAGGAGGGCUUCCAGCAGCUAGUGGCCAGGUAUUGCCCAGAGGUGGUGGAAGACAGGGGGGAGCAAACAGACCAGGGUGGCAGCGUGCCCGUCAUCAUCAAUACAUCUCGUGUGAGCGCGCCAGCCAGUGGCAAGGGCAGCUGGGGCGCAGACAAGUCCUACUGGAACGAGUUCCUGGUGAUGUGUGCACUGUUUGGGCUUGCCGUGGUGCUUCUCUUUUUAUUCUUCCUCUACCGGCACCGUGACAACAUGAAAGUGUUCCUAAAGCAGGGUGAAUGUGCCAGUGUGCACCCCAAAUCCCGUCCUGUGGUGCUGCCACCUGAGACCCGCCCCCUCAAUGGCAUAGGACCCCCAAACACCCCACUGGACCACCGGGGCUAUCAGACCCUGUCGGACAGUUCCCCAGGGCCCCGAGUCUUCACUGAAUCAGAGAAGAGGCCACUCAGCAUCCAGGACAGCUUCGUGGAGGUAUCCCCAGUGUGCCCCCGACCCCGGGUCCGCCUAGGCUCUGAGAUCCGUGACUCUGUGGUGUGAGUGUUGACUUCUGGAAGUGGCUGCCUUGACUUUGGGGCUCAAAUACUCAGAGGGGUCUGCUGGACCUGCACACUCUCCUUCGUGGAACACAGCGUGAUGCCAGCUGGCCUGCUGCUCUCCAGCCAAGUAGGGUGGUUCCUCCAGCCAGGCCAUUGUGACCCAAAGGUCCUGGCUGCAGCUGGAGCCUGAUAAGGGACAGAACACUGGUCCUUAUGUAAACUGAGCCCUUUGUUUAAAAACAAUUCAAAAUGUGAAACCAGAGCAAGAAGGAAAAGACAUAGCACAGAACUCCACAUACACAGCCGCUCCAGUUCUUAGCCUCCUAGCCUUGUGACACCCAGGGAUGUUGGGGGCUUAUGUAAGGUGGUGUUCAAGGCACUUGGAAACCCCUCACCAACUGGCCUCUCCAACCUUCUGUUCUAUCCUGCUGUUCGGGCCACCUUUUCCAGCUUCAGAGCCAAGGGCUGGCCCAGGCUCAGUGGGGCCAGCCUUGCUAGCCAGCUGAGGAUAUAGUUGUGGCCAUCAUGCCACCACCUCAGGGACCAGUCAUGCUAGGCUGGCACAGCAGCCCUCACCAGACCCUGGGCUCAGCCCAGCUCCCGGACCCUUCCAGCCUGUAUCAGGCUGUGGCCACAUGAGCUAGAGGACAUUGUGAGCCCAGGGGAGAGUUGAUGAUAGCAUACAGCUUUCCCUCAGGAUUCAAGGAGACUGCCACCUGCCUUCCUCCACCUCAGCAUCAGAACCUGUGUCCAUUCUCCCUACAGCCACCCUGGCCUCAUCUUUUGAACUCAAGACACAGGGAACUCACUAUACCCUAUCUCCUUCCUAGUUCCCCUUACCCUUUGCCUCCACUCUAAGGGAUAGUAACACUGCCCAGCACAGGGCCCCUGAAUUUAUGUGGGUUUUAUAUUUUUUUAACAAGAUGCACUUUACUUUUUUGUUUUUUAAUAAAAUCUGAAAAAUUAUUGUU